UUUUCCUUUUUUUACAAAUCUUCUUAUAACUUUUUUUCAAUUUUUUUUUGACAGAUUCUUCUUAUAACUUUACAAUAUACUCAUACUUCAUUCGUAGUUUGGUGAUUUGGCGCCAAAGUCUGAGUCUCCCCGCCACUUGCACUGCCAUGGCAUCCUUCCCCUUCCGUCCUCCGCAAUUCUCCGACGAUGUAGCUUGGCUUCCGGCAUGGCUUCAACCUAAUCAUUCAGCGUCAACACCUCAAAACUUGGAUGAUGAAGAACUCUCCCGCCAUUCUCUUCAGAAUGUGGGAGAGAAUAACCAAGUCAAAGAUUCCAACCUUUCAACCAUUAAAGAUAGCAGAUACAUUUGUCAGUUAUAUCUGUCUGGAGAAGAAAGCUCGCCAGUUACCCUCACUACAUCUUGUGAAAAGCAGGUUUUGCAUUUUAACCUGCAUCUUUCAACAGAUGGAACUCCAUCGAUCAUUUCCAACCCACUCUUACAUACCUCACAUGAUGACAAGCUUAAUUCUGCACUAGCUCUUGUUAACACAAGAGAAAUGAGCGAGUGCAAUAUAGGCCAUGUUCCUAAAAUAAAUAUUGUUCCUUCUCCUUCAAGCGAUAAAUACUUUGGAAAUUUUACCAACCAAACUCCAUUAAGUAAUGCUGCUGGACAGAAACCUUUAGAGAUCUUAAACUCCAAUUCUGCUGAAGAUGAUGACAUUAGUGAUGCUGUGGAGCUAUCUGUUGCGGCAUCAGAAGCAUUAGCCAUACUUAAUAUAGUACAAAGUGGAUCUUUUUCAGAAGCUUUGUCCACUUCAGCGAUAAUUGAAGUUGCUCUUCGAGUGAAGCAAGCACGACUAGUUGAAUUAAAAGAUUUCUCAUAUUGUUUUGAGAAUUCUGAUAGCUCUGCUGACACCCUUUCAGAUAUAGGUGAUUCUGAAAUGGAAGAUGCUUUUAAAGAUGUUGGUUUAUUUAUCAGUAGUUUGGACAAUACCUCUUUUAAUGAUCUAUCUACAUCUCGAGUCAAGGAAACUCCCAUGUCAGAAGUUCCUGGAGAGGAUGAAGAGGUUCAAUGUGAAUGGCAGAAAGACCAAGAAAUAUAUUUUGACAAUUGUGUUGCAUUAGAACUUCAGGAGAUUAAUCCAGAUACAAAUAAAUCGAAGGAUCUGCCAGCUGAAAUAUCUGACAAUGAGAAGCUUGAAAAGUUGUGCAGAAACCCACACCUUGAGAUCUUUGUAAAUCAAUCACAGGAUGGGAAUUUAGAUGAUCAGCAGACACUACAGAAAGAAAAAAAUGAUAUAACACAUGAAGAUGGCUUCCCUCAUCAACUAGAAUUAAAAUCUAUUCCUCAGUCUCAGCAUUCAAGUAAAAGAACACUAGACUCUACAUCUACAAUAUGGCAUUCACAUUAUGCAGACAUAAAUGAGGUUAAGGAUGGAUCAUCAUGCAGAUUCCAGAGUCGCUGGUUUGGUGGUUGGCCUGGAACGGAAGUAGAUGCUUUUGGUCAACUGAAAUCAAAGGGGAGAAAUGUGGUACCCAAAUUCUUUGUUGGUGAGACAAGUUAUCUUUCUGAAUCCAUGGAUGUUUUUCCUGAUCAGAACUCUAUUGUGCAUCAUCAGCAUUAUUGCUCAAACCGUGUUGAAUCUGGAAAACCUUUUGAAGAUUCGUGCAAGACAGUUAGUGAAGGGGCAUUUGUUAGUCAGGAAGUCAUAAAAGAUUCUGCGUCAUUUAUUGAUCCUCUUUGCUCGACUGUUCCCUGUAGCAUUUCUGCACAAACCAGUAAUUUCUUUCCGCACAAUAAUAACAAAUAUGAUCAUCAAGAUCUUGAUGCUUUUAAAAACUUACCAACUGGUAUGGAAAUAGCCCAGACAAGUUCUGAUCCUAAUACUGUUGGAAAAGAGAAGCAUAAUACGUUAGAUUUUGAUGAUGUUGGUCCUGAUCCUCUGAUUCGCCGACAAUUGACCUCUCUCAAGACUUAUAGUACUGGAAUGCCAGGGAAUUCUGCAUUUUCAUUUAAGAGAAAAUUUGACUGUGGGUUUGUGAGCUUUGGAGAGAAUGAUGCAAGGGUGGUUGCUGACUCCAUCAACUCCUUAAAUGACAAAGAUACAACAAAACAACUGCCUAUGAGAUCCCUAUCUAACUGUGCUUCUGCCAAAAGUAAUCAGGAAGUUCAAGAGAUGAAGCUGCUUCCAGUUGAACAAUACAUAAGCUGCACCAACACCUCAGGAGGGUCUAAAAAACAAUUACCUAUUAAAUCUGUAUUUGAAUGCUCUACUGGAAAGGAAAAUCAUGCUGAAAAUGUAUGUGCAAGACUGGUGCAAGAUCAAUCUGAAAUGAAUGAAGUGGAGCUCCAGGUUAAUGUUGAUAAUAUUCCAACAUCACCUCUUAUUAUGUGUCGUACUACACGAAGAGUUAAAGCUCCUAAACUUAUUGUUAGCGAUGUCACAACAACCAACCUAUUGGAAGAUCAAGCUCCAGCUCCCGAUAAAAUUUGUCACAAGUUUAGACAAAUCCCUCAAGAUCAAUCUGUAAAUCUUCUCAAAAGUGAUGUUCCUACGAGAAAGCAAGUUCGUUUUUCAAAUGUUGACUUCCAACUUCAAGUCCCUCAAGUUCAAUUGGGAAAAAAUCUCAGUAGAAUGCGCGCUUGUGAACAUGGGUCAAGCUGCAGAUUGGGAUAUAGGCCUGAGAAUAGUGACCAGGAGCAUGUUACUGUAUCUCAAGAAGUAAAAGAGCGUCUUACGAAAUGUCGCAUAAAGGGUAGGAAGAGAGCAAUUUUCCAAGGCUUAGACUUUUUGCUAACAGGCUUUUCUAAGAAGAAAGAAAAGGAAAUAGAAGCAUUACUGAGGAAACACGGUGGAAUGGUCCUUUCUGAUAUUCCUGCUCCACCUCCUUAUCCAAGGAGAAAGUCCUUGAGAUUGAAUGCCGAAAGGCUUCCUGUUGUCUUGUGCACAAAAAAGUUGCAAACAACAAGGUUUUUGUAUGGCUGUGCUGUGAAUGCCUUCUUGCUUAAAGUUGGCUGGGCAUAUAAUUCAAUUAGAGUUGGUUCUGUCUUGCCUCCUGACAAAUACAUAAUAUUAUCUAAUAAUCGGAUGCAGAACCAAAUUGGGAAAUCAAUUAGUCAAAAUGACAAUGAUUACAUCUUUGACAAAGUUGGAAUUAUGCUGCAUGGAACUCAUAGUUUCUGUACCAAGUUUGCUAGAGUUAUCAAGCAUGGACGAGGUCACGUGUACAAAAGCCUACAAUGGUUGGUUCAGGGCUUACAGAAAAAGAAGAUUUCUCUUGGUGCUGUUGUUGCUGAGGAUGAAAAUCGUGCAACCCGUCUCCUGAAGAAAUGUGCCUCUGAGCAGAAACUUGCUGUUAGGCCAGCAAAUUGGAUCACAAACAGCUUAUUUGAAGGAAAGCUACUUCCUUUUACGGAAAAUCACCAUUCAUCUAAUUCACGGGAAAUCAGAAGUUCAGAUGUACCCGUUUUACCGGAAUGCAGUCAAGAGAUCUGAUCGUAUGGGCUAUGAUCCCAUCAUACAAAAUUCAAUCUUAUUUUCUUGAUGAGUCUUUUCAGAUAGCUAAAUUUUCUCUGUUUUACUUAUUUUCAAUAGCAAUGAAUAGAAGCUUCCUAGCUUACAGUCCCUGAGACUGUUGGAUUGCACAUAAUGUAAUUUAUGUAAAUAUACUGUAUUAUAUAGUCCCAACUGAGAAGAGCUAUUUAUGAAUUUUUGUAGAGAGUGCCAAAUUUUAGUACAAACUCGCCAAUGUAUGAUAUGUAAAUUUUGUAUUGACAUUUUAAAGAUUUGAGUACUUUUGAGGCAAGGUAA